AUGGGCACCCACUGCUCUGCGUGGCCGCGGUGGCCGCUGCUGCCGCUGCUGUUGCUGCUACUGUGCCCCACGGGCACCGGUGCCCAGGACGAGGACGGAGACUACGAAGAACUGAUGCUCGCCCUCCCGUCCCAGGAGGAUGGCCUGGCUGAUGAGGCCACACAUGUGGCCACCGCCACCUUCCGCCGUUGCUCCAAGGUAUGGGUGCGAGAUGCCAGGCAACGGUGUUGCUUCGGGGUUGGGGUGGUGCUCUCCAAAGAUUUUCUCUGUUCAUCCAGCCGUCUGGAGGUCUCGAAGUGCAGCCCUGAAGUGCGGGGGGUGGGGGAGGCCUGGAGGCUGCCAGGAACCUACGUGGUGGUGCUGAUGGAGGAGACCCAGAGGCUACAGAUUGAACAAACUGCCCAUCGCCUGCAGACCCGGGCUGCCCGCCGGGGCUAUGUCAUCAAGGUUCUGCAUAUCUUUUAUGACCUCUUCCCUGGCUUCUUGGUGAAGAUGAGCAGUGACAUGCUGGGCCUGGCCCUGAAGUUGCCCCACGUGGAGUACAUCGAGGAAGACUCCUUUGUCUUUGCCCAGAGCAUCCCAUGGAACCUGGAGCGGAUCAUCCCAGCAUGGCAGCGGACAGAGGAAGACAGAUUCCCUGAUGGAAGCAGCCAGGUGGAGGUGUAUCUCUUAGAUACCAGCAUCCAGAGUGGCCAUAGGGAGCUCGAGGGCAGGGUCACCAUCACUGACGUCAACAGCGUGCCCGAGGAGGAUGGGACACGCUUCCACAGACAGGCGAGCAAGUGUGAGAGCCACGGUACCCACCUGGCCGGUGUGGUCAGCGGCCGGGAUGCUGGUGUGGCCAAGGGCACCAGCCUGCACAGUCUGCGUGUGCUCAACUGUCAGGGGAAGGGCACAGUCAGCGGCACCCUCAUAGGCCUGGAGUUUAUUCGGAAGAACCAGCUAAUCCAGCCCUCGGGGCCACUCGUGGUGCUGCUGCCCCUGGCGGGUGGGUAUAGUCGGAUCCUCAACACAGCCUGCCAGCACCUGGCGCGGACUGGGGUAGUGCUGGUCGCAGCAGCCGGGAACUUCCGGGACGACGCCUGCCUCUACUCCCCAGCUUCUGCUCCAGAGGUCAUCACAGUUGGGGCUACAAAUGCCCAGGACCAGCCAGUCACCCUGGGGACUUUGGGGACCAACUUUGGACGCUGCGUGGAUCUCUUCGCCCCCGGGAAGGACAUCAUUGGAGCCUCCAGUGACUGCAGCACGUGCUUCACGUCCCAGAGUGGAACAUCACAGGCUGCUGCCCACGUGGCUGGCAUUGUGGCUAGGAUGCUGACCCGGGAGCCGGCUCUUACCCUGGCUGAGCUGCGGCAAAGGUUGAUCCACUUCGCUACCAAAGACCUCAUCAACAUGGCCUGGUUUCCUGAGGACCAGCAGGUGCUGACCCCCAACCUGGUGGCCACACUGCCCCCCAGCACACAUGAGACAGGUGGACAGCUGCUCUGCAGGACGGUGUGGUCCGCACACUCGGGGCCCACUCGUACAGCUACAGCCACAGCCCGCUGUGCCCCAGAAGAGGAGCUGCUGAGCUGCUCCAGCUUCUCCAGGAGCGGGAGGCGACGGGGUGAUCGGAUGGAGGCUAUAGGGGGCCAGCAGGUCUGCAAGGCCCUCAAUGCAUUCGGCGGUGAGGGUGUCUAUGCUGUCGCUAGGUGCUGCCUGCUUCCCCGUGCCAACUGCAGCAUCCGCCACACCCCUGCAGCCAGAGCUGGCCCUGAGACCCAUGUCCACUGCCACCAGAAGGACCAUGUUCUCACAGGCUGUAGCUUCCACUGGGAAGUGGAAGACCUUAGUGUCCAGCGGCAGCCUGUGCUGAGGUCCAGACGUCAGCCUGGCCAGUGUGUCGGCCACCAGGCGGCCAGUGUCCAUGCUUCCUGCUGCCACGCACCAGGGCUGGAAUGCAAAAUCAAGGAGCAUGGGAUCUCAGGUCCUGCAGAGCAGGUCACUGUGGCCUGUGAGGCAGGAUGGACCCUGACUGGAUGCAAUGUGUUUCCUGGAGCAGCCCUCACUCUGGGGGCCUACAGUGUGGACAACCUGUGUGUGGCAAGGAUCCAUGACACUGACAGAGCAGGCAGGACCAGUGAAGAAGCCACAGUAGCUGCUGCCAUCUGCUGCCGGAGCCGGCCUUCAGCAAAGGCCUCCUGGGUCCAGUGA